AGAGAGAGAGAGAGAGAGAGAGAGAGAGAGAGAGAGAGAGAGACUAAAGGGAUUAGCAUGCGUCAGUUCAAGAGUAUGUCUCAUCCCAUUGCUGGCCAUCAUCAAAGGAAGCCCAUGGUUCUCUACUGGGAAACACGGAUUAGUGUCUGAGCGCUGUUACUGGUGACUGUCACAGUUUCCAUCUAAGAUGACCAGGAGUUCUUCUACUCUCCAGAAAACUUUUAGCUUCUGAUCGAGACUGCAGGAAUCCAGGAACUCAAGCUGCUCAGCUCGGUUCUGAUGCCAUGAUUAAACAAUGGGAUAGACAAGGCUUUGUGAAGAGUCACAUGGGAGAGGACUAUGGCUUUUAAACGACUCGUAACUCAUGGAUACUCUUUGGAUUGGCAGACUCAGUUUAUUUGGAUUCAAUGAAGGCACACUGUUUUUCCACCCUUCAGAGUGAAUACGUCUGAUCAUGCAUCGGAUCAAACCUUUGUGGAUGACACUGUCUUGGGAAAGGCUGGAAAUUUCUAACCCCUAUGGCAUCCUAAGAAGAUUUAUUCCACAAUGACUGAGGAUAGGAAGCAUGUGUAAUGAUGUCAUGUCCCUCUGACCUCUGAUGUCACAGUUUCUCUUGGGAAACUUGACUGAGACGAGACAGAUAGAAGUCAAUCGUACCAACAGGAUUCAAUCUGGUCUCAGGUAGGAUGAGACCAAAUAUUGCAGCAGGCUGUUGGACAUGAGCUCUAGGCUCUUCUAGAGUUGUCCUGGCACAAGAAUUGAAAAAGUUUGUUGGGGUAGGGGAGGGUUUAAAUGGUGUUAAUAACAGAGGAACAAUCUGAAGGUUCAAAGGUACGAGAGAAUGGAGUGUCCAGAGGCAUUGGACCUGGUGAGACAAAUAACAUGGCUAUGGCUAAACCUGUCAUGGCCAUCACAACGACUGAUGAAGACGGCCAUGAGUGGGAUGUGCCAGGUGAGGACGACGACGAGUUUGUUGAAGCUGAUUACACACGUAACUACUGGGAGGAUGAGGACGAUAUUUACCAGGAGUUCGAGGAGUUGGACUUUGAGUCCCUGCCUGAUCACUCAGACACCAGAAGCAUCGUUUCAGAUGAUUCUUUCUAUCCCCCGGACAACUCAGAUGUUCACCGCCUGUACCGACCACCAAGCCCCGACAGCCCUGAGCCCAUUUCCUUCUUUAAGGCGUGUUGCAACAACAAUGCUAUCAUCGUCAAGAUCAUGAUCAGACAAGGAGUGUCCGAGGAGGAAGUGAGAGAGACGGACAGGAACAGACGAUCUGGCCUGAUUGUGGCGUGCUACCAUGGCUAUGUGGACGUGGUCAUCGCCCUGUCACAUUGUCCACACCUUGAUGUAAACUGGCAGGACAACGAGGGAAACACUGCUCUUAUAACCGCAGCACAAGCAGGUCAUAUCUUCAUCUCUAACUACCUCCUCAACUACUUCCCCGGGCUGGACAUCGAGAGGAGGAACUGUCAUGGCUUCACAGCUUUGAUGAAGGCGGCCAUGCAGGGCCGCGCUGAGUGUGUCAGGGCCCUCAUGUUAAACGGCGGAGAUAUUCAGGCGCGGGACAACGGCCGCAGGAUGACGCCCAGGGAGUGGGCUCUCUUCACCGGUCGAUACGAGACAGCGUACCUGAUGUACCGUCUGAUGGCAAAGCCCUGCGCUGAGCAGUUCUGCGACUCCUUCUCCCUGGAGUGGCCCAUGCUGGAGGAGCUGGUGGCCCAGGCUCAAGAACCGCAGUCCUGCUGGAGGCGUUUGCUCAACUUCCUGUCCUGCUGCCCGUAUAGGUUUUAUAUCAACAACAAGGUGAACACUUUAGACGACGGCGUCCUCGACCACAUGGUCCGACUCACCACCUGUCUCUCCAGUCCCAUCAUUGCCACGGCUUGCCACACGGUGAGUCCCGGCAGUCCCCCGUGUAUUGGGAAGCGCCGUUACGCCGUGCCGGAGAUCCUGAGGAGGCAGCGUGUUGCCGAGCUGAAGCGUCUCGGUCCUGACAGACUAAACCACUACAAGAGAUUUUUCCAGAACUCUCGGGUCCUCCUCAUCCCCAAAGUGAAGGAUCGGAGGGCCAGCCUCCAGCCGCAGCUGCUGAGCGACGUGGCCGCAGCGUCCUCGGUGGCGUUCAGACGAGCCAGCCUGCUGCCUCUGAACAUGAUGAGGAGGAGCAGCGUGCGGCCAGGGAUCGUGGUUCCCAAAGUGAGGCUCUGCAAAGCACCGUCCCCGAGCUUCAUACCCGACAAACUGGGACACAGUGGUAACCACAACCACCUGCAGCUCCCCAAGUGGAACUACAAGAUGAAGCGGGUGGAGAGGAGGCAGGAGGAGGACAGGCAGAGACUGUUACCUCCCACACGGAGGAGAUGACAGGAGGUGCUGUACUGUGCUCACAUUGUGAGAGAAGAGCAUCCACAUCUUCAGUUUGCUUCCAUUUCUGGAUCGAUUGCCUUGUUUCUCUCUGUAUUCAUGCUGAGGGUCAAAGUAAACAUGUAAAGCACUUUAAUCCCGGUAGAUCAGGAAACCUUGACAAUAAUGAGAAUAUCAUUUUAUCAUUCUUAAUGAGGAACUUACCAUAUUUGAUUAAAGCAAGAAAGAAGAAGCGAUAAAGAUGUUUUUGCAUGUUGAUAGUAGUCAAACGUCAUGAAAUCUCUCCUUCCUUUUCUUUCCAACCUCACUUUAUCACUUACUGGUCAACAUCUGAUCAGCGCACUUUGACUUUAAUUUGACUUGAAAAAUUCAGAAAGCGUCUUUGUUCUCUCGUCAUCACUUCAUCUUAUGUCUGGCACUAACACUAGAAGAUACGGACACCCUAAGAGGACGUGCAUCCAUACUUUUGAUUUCACGUUUUGUUCUGGGGUCAUCACUAUGUUCGCUGAGUCCUGUGUACCCUCAGUCCUAUAUUUCCUCAGCCCUAUGUUCCCUCACUCCUAUGUUCCCUCGGGCCUUUGUUCCCCCAGCAUCAGGGCUCACCCUUCUUUAAAGCACAUAAUGUGUUGUUGCAUAAAAAAUAUUAUCGAGGAAACAUAGGGCUAAGGGAACAUAGGGCUGAGGGGACAUAGGGUUUAGGGAUCAUUAGGCUGAGGGAAUAUAGGGCUAAGGGAACAUAGGUUUGAGGGGAAAUA